AUGGGCAAAAAGCAACAUCAGUCAGACAAACUAUACAUUACAAAUACUGAGUGGAGCACACUUUAUGGUGGGAGGAAAGCUGCGGGCGGUGGUAAUGUCCGCUUUCGACGACUUCCGUUUAAUUGUUGCAGCAUUUCUUUUCAACCAUUUACGGUUCCGUAUUGCACCAAAGAUGGUGUUGUAUUUGACUUGGAAAACAUACUACCUUUUGUUAAAAAGUAUGGGAUAAAUCCUGUUACUGGCAAGAAAAUGAAAGCAAGCGAGCUUAUCAAGCUGAACUUUAGCAAAAACGCUGAUGGGAAAUACCACUGUCCAAUCACCUUCAAAGUUUUUAAUCAGAAUACUCACAUUGUCGCCAUUAGGACAACUGGCAACGUAUACGCAUAUGAGGCUGUUGAACGUCUCAACAUAAAGACAAACAGUUAUCAGGAUCUCUUAACAUCAGAGCCGUUCACGAGGCAGGAUAUUAUAACUAUACAAGACCCGGGCAGUUUAGACAAAUUCAACAUAUCCGCAUUUUAUCAUGUGAAAAACAGUCUUUUAGAAAAAGGUGGCAGUGGUGUUUCCAACAUUCGAGCUCUCAACCCAGAGACGGAAGAAAUUCUGGCCGAGUUGAAAAACGCUGAGAUUGAUGUACCUGACUAUAUGUACUCGAGUAAGCCAAAAGAGUUGCAGACAGAAAAGGUCCGCGAUAUCUACAAUACGGCACACUACUCCACCGGAAAAGCUGCUGCUUCUUUGACUUCUACUGUGAUGGAACCCUCUGUGAUCGUCGAGCCAGCUAUUCUGGAGGAUGAUAUUGUCCGAUACAGAUAUGUCAAAUCGAAGGGGUUUGUGCGCUUAAUCACCUCAUAUGGGAAUUUGAAUAUUGAAUUGCAUUGCAAUCUGGUCCCGAAGACCUGCGAAAACUUUAUUAAGCUGUGCGAGUCCGGAGUGUACAAUGACACGAUUUUUCAUCGCGUAAUUAGGCACUUCAUUAUCCAAGGUGGAGAUCCCUCAGGCACUGGGCUUGGCGGCGACUCUGCCUGGGGUGGUUCGUUCCCCGACGAGUUUCGUGAGGCCUUAAAACAUGAUAGCAGAGGUGUUCUAUCGAUGGCUAACUCGGGCCCUAACACGAAUAAAUCCCAAUUACCAUGUCCUCAGUUGAAUAGGAAGCACACUGUUUUUGGAAAAGUUGUCGGUGGUCUGGAUACCCUGGACAAAGUCGAACUUGUUGAGACAGACAAGGAUGACCGACCUCUUGAGGAAGUAAAACUACUUUCGACGCAAGUUUUCGUAAACCCUUUCAAAGAAGUGGACGAAAUGCUUACUCGCGAGAGGCAAGCAUUAAGAGAAAAGGCCACUGAAACGAGUGAUCAAGAGGCACCUAAACCGGGAAACAGACGUGAAGAGGAGGCGAUGGAAGCAGCCAAACGCGCCAAGAAAAGAGGACUUCCUGAUACCAUGUCUCAUCAAAGAACAGGAGUAGGGAAGUUUGUAGUGCUGUCCGCUGAUGACAAUAAACUGGAUUCGACUCCGGAACUCAACAGAAAGAAGCAGAAAACCAUCUUACGAUCCACGUUAUCCGAUUUCAGUGCGUGGUAA